CAUUCACUCACUCUUGCAGAACUUAAAAACUCUGCUUCUCUUUUGCUGCUGCUCGAACUUGACGAUGGAGCGGGAAAUCAUGGGGUUCAGGUUCAACCCGACUCCUGAACAGCUCGUUAAUUAUCACUUGAAGAGGAAGCUUCAGAUGAUCAAUGAUGAGGAUCGAUGCAUGAUUCCGGAUGUGAAUAUCUAUGAAUAUGAUCCAGGGGACUUAUGUGCCGUGUACAACGAAAAAUGCUGGAAAAGAUCCACUAGCUCGGACAGUUUCUUCUUCUGCCCCCAAAAACGCAGGAACACUAAUUCCGGCAGUUCCAAGAAGUGCAAUUAUUCGAGGAAGGCCGGCGACGGAUACUGGAAAGAGACCAGUAAGAAACGGGGCAUAAAGGACGAGGAGACCGGGGAGACUAUAGGGACCAAAAGGAUCUACUCCUUUUACUAUGGAAACCAGAAUGAUCACCGCGAGACCGACUGGGCCUUGCACGAAUACCACCUAAGUGCAGCAGUUGCAGACAACACCAUCCCAGACCCGACGGCGUUUGUCCUCUGUCACAUAAAGAAGAAGAAGAUGAGCCAGCAGGCCAACUCUAAGAAUCAGCAAACCACGUCGACUGCUUCUCCUUGCGGUGAAGCCGAAGCUGAUGCAAGUGCUAGCGCUGUUACUCCUGGGAAUACUGAAGAGAUUGCAGCCCAAGGAAAAACUCCAGAGGGAUCCGCAUUGGUCAUGGAAGGACCACAGUUGCUGGUGGCAGAGCAAUCACCAAUCAUCAGCCCUUCUCCCAGCAGCGAACUGGAUCGCGCAUACGGAUUUUUUAAUGACCCAAGUUAUUGUUUUAUGGACAAUCCUCUUGAAAACCACAUCAGAGGCCAAGAUAAUAUCCCAGCGGCUGCUUUUCAUGAAAAAGAAACCAUGCAAUCAGGAACUCUUCCAACAGAGAUGUCGAUCACUGACUGGCCAGACUGGCCAGAUUAUCCAAUGAGAGGAACAUGUGACAGCAGCGAAGGGAAUUUCACAUCUGACAAUUCCGAUGAUGAUUUUAAUCCUGAUGUUUUCAUGAACCUCUGGGGUGGCAAUUGAUACUGAUAAGGAUCGAUAUCGGACGCUCUUUCGGUCCUAGUGAAGCUUGCUCCCGUCAAUCGUGGUGAUAGAGGGGAGAGAUUGAUCAUAUUGUGUGAUUAUAGUAUGUUCUUGGAUUACCAGUCGCUUGUUUAAUUAUAGUGUGUGGUGUGAUGAACUUUUGUUUUCGGACUAGUUAUAUGUGCUUAUUGUGUACUGAGCAUAUCCAGUUAAAUAAAAGAAAAUCUUAGCGAAGGAUCGAGGAGAAGACGUCUCUGCAGCAAGUCCUGUAUCCACGUUCCCUUUGGGAGAAGAUAAAUGGAUCGGGAUAAUUAAGAUAAAUGGAUCGUGAUAAUUAACAUCU